AUGACUAUCUACUCGUUUUGGAUAUUUGAUAAACAUUGUAAUUGUAUAUUCAACAGAGAAUGGACUUUAUCAUCAGAUAGCAGCAGUGGCACUACAAAUUCAAAACAAAAUUCAGAGACUGCAAAACUACUGUAUGGGUUGAUUUAUUCAUUAAGAAAUAUAACUCAAAAAUUAUCAAACACUGAGAGUGGAAAUAAAAAUGAUAUAAGAACGAUCUCAACAGGUAAGUAUCGAGUCCAUACAUAUUGCACAGCUACAGGUCUUUGGUUUGUUCUAUUGACCGAUUUUUUCCAACAGUCAUAUUUACAAGUGUUACAACAUAUUUACAGUCAUAUUUAUGUUAAAUACGUCUCACAUAAUUUAUUAUUACCAUACGAUUUAACAGAAAACCAACCAAUUUUAAUGAGGGGUCAAGGUACUAGGAAAAUAACGAAUAGACAUUUCAUAGCUGCAUUAGAGUCAUUUUUAUCUCCAAUAGUUGAAUAA